UUCUCAUCUAUCAUCCAACCACGCCUCGUGCUCCCUUCCUAACGCCGGCCAUAUUGACUAUUUUACCUAAUCUCCUUUCGGUAGGCUAUAGAGCUCCGGUUCUGUAAUCAUAACCGUUAUAACAGCGUGCUACUGGAUAUGGUGAUCGCGACGUGGAAAUAACCGUUCACGUUUAUCUCUGGUGGCUACAUCUUGGGGGAAAUUUCAUUAUUUUAGAAAACGCAGUGCUUUUCUGAGGGUCUACAAUCCUGUGAUAGAGGACAAGUUUUUCUUCUUUUCUUGGUUACGUGGGAAGGGAGGAGAGGAGACAAGAUGCCGAAACCUAUUAAUGUGCGUGUGACUACUAUGGAUGCUGAGCUGGAAUUUGCCAUCCAACCCAACACUACUGGCAAACAGCUGUUUGAUCAGGUGGUGAAGACGGUGGGUCUGCGUGAGGUCUGGUUUUUUGGCCUGCAGUAUGUGGACAGUAAAGGCUAUACAACGUGGCUGAAACUGAAUAAAAAGGUAACUCAACAGGAUGUUAGAAAGGAAAACCCUCUGCAGUUCAAGUUCCGGGCAAAGUUUUUUCCAGAAGAUGUUUCUGAAGAGCUAAUCCAAGAGAUCACACAACGUCUCUUUUUCCUACAGGUAAAGGAAGCCAUUUUGAAUGAUGAGAUUUACUGCCCUCCGGAAACAGCAGUCCUCCUGGCAUCUUACUCUGUUCAGGCCAAGUACACUGACUACAACAGAGACCUCCACAAGCCCGGUUAUCUCACCAAUGACAAGCUGCUACCACAGAGAGUAUUGGAACAACAUAAACUGACUAAAGAACAGUGGGAGGACAGGAUUCAGACGUGGCACGAGGAACACAGGGGUAUGCUCAGAGAGGAUUCUAUGAUGGAGUAUCUGAAGAUUGCUCAGGAUCUGGAGAUGUAUGGAGUGAACUACUUCGAGAUCAAAAAUAAGAAGGGAACAGAGCUCUGGCUGGGAGUGGAUGCUCUUGGUCUCAACAUUUACGAACAUGAAGACAAGCUUACACCAAAGAUUGGUUUCCCAUGGAGUGAGAUUCGAAACAUUUCUUUCAACGAUAAGAAGUUUGUCAUCAAGCCCAUUGAUAAAAAAGCACCAGACUUUGUGUUCUAUGCACCACGACUGCGAAUCAACAAGCGCAUCCUGGCUCUGUGUAUGGGCAACCAUGAGCUGUACAUGAGGAGGAGGAAGCCUGACACCAUUGAGGUGCAGCAGAUGAAGGCUCAGGCCAGAGAAGAAAAACACCAGAAACAGAUAGAGAGAGCUCAGCUUGAGAACGAGAAGAAGAAACGAGAGCAUGCAGAAAAGGAGAAGGAGAGAAUAGAGCGAGAGAAGGAUGAGUUAAUCGAGAGACUGAGACAGAUUGAGGAACAGACGAUAAAGGCACAAAAAGAGCUGGAGGAGCAAACACGCAGAGCUCUAGAGCUUGAACAAGAGCGAAAGAAAGCAAAGGAGGAGGCAGAGAGGCUGGAGAAAGAGAAACAGGCAGCUGAGGAGGCCAAAGCAGUACUGACCAAACAGGCAGCUGACCAGAUGAAGAACCAGGAACAACUGGCAGCUGAGUUGGGGGAAUUUACUGCCAAAAUUGCCCUGCUGGAGGAUGCCAAGAGGAAAAAGGAAGAGGAGGCAACAGAAUGGCAGCAUAAAGCACUGUCUGCUCUGGAAGAUUUGGAAAAAACCAAAGAGGAGCUGAAGUCUGUGAUGUCUGCUCCAGUGUGUGGUGCGGCGGAAAACGAACAUGACGAGCAUGAUGAGAACAGUGCAGAAGCUAGUGCUGAGCUGUCUAAUGAUGGAGUUGCUCAUCAGCGAAGUGAGGAGGAACGGCUCACAGAAACCCACAAAAAUGAACGUGUCAAAAAGCAGCUACAGGCCUUGAGCUCAGAAUUGGCCCAGGCCCGCGACGAUUCCAAGAAGACCCAAAAUGAUGUUUUGCAUGCAGAGAAUGUGAAGGCCGGCCGGGAUAAAUACAAGACCCUACGCCAGAUCCGCCAGGGCAACACCAAGCAGCGUAUUGAUGAGUUUGAGUCCAUGUGAGGUCUAUACCAUCCCCCUUAAUCACCCCACUCUCUACCCUGUAGCCCUAAUGCCUUGAUGGGUGGCUUACAAGCACAGCUUCUACUUACCCACCCAUCUCCUGUAGACCAGUAAUCCUUUACCUUUGACCCCUUCAGAGAGGUUUGAAGGACAUGGCUGCCACUUCUUCAAGCUUUGCCAAAGCGCUCUCCGCCUGUGAUCAGCCUUGUCAGGCUGUGUACACAUAUUGUGCUCCUCAUAGCCUUACUUCAAUAUCGUCCAGUUAGGAACAAGUGGUGUAUCCUUAUGAGCUCUUAAAUGAUGAUUUACUAAAAUGUUUGAAAAUAUGUAUUUUAGAAGAGCCUGAAAUUAGUUGAAGUAAAGUGUAUGAGUGUUUUUAUGAAAUAGCCAUUUUUGUUUGUUUGUUUGCUUUUGUCUUUUUUUUUUUUUUUUUGGCAACAGUUGGGCAAGGGUCAUGUCAACUUGGGAGUCAGCAGUGUCACAUCCACAUACCUAAAGAGCACACACAGCACCUUCCACACAGCAGCUCAGAUGUCAAGUGACGAAUUUAGGAACAAAGGCACCUGUCUUGUGAAUGAAUGUGAACCAUACCAAAGGAAGGCUAUCACUCUUGAUAGCCAAGUGCAUUUAUCCAUAAUUACUGUGGAUUUAGACAAGUCCUUCGUUGCUAUAGUUUUAUUUAUUCAGUGCAAGACAUUUGAUUCAGGUUAAAAAUCUGUAGCUUCGAGCUGACAAUUUGAUGGAGGCCCUGUGACACAAUGCAAGAACUCUUUCAUUGUGUCAGGAUGAGUCAUUUGAUCUCUACAGGGGAACACCCAAUGUUUCUUGUCCAGGCGCCAUAUCGAUAGUUUUCCCUGCCUACAGGCUUACAAAGGCCAGGGCUGACAGGUGAAAAGACCGACAGAUAAUAGUUUGUUUUAGUAGAUUUGUGAUUGUAAUGUAAUUUGUGUUAUUGUGGGGAAACAGCCUAAGGAUAUUAACAUAUGAUAACAUCAGUCCUGUUUCGGGAUGGCUCGCUACCUCAUUACUGUAAAACAUGGUGACUGGUUAGUCAAACACUUGGUGUACUGUAUGGCAGAGAGAGGCAAGUGUUGUAAUUUUCUUCCUUUUGAGUUAUCACCCAAAUCAUACUUUUCAUAAAAAGUAACUAAGCAACACAAUUAGUUACUUUUUUUAGGGAGUAACGCAAUAUUGUAAUGCAUUACUUUUAAAAGUAACUUUCCCCAACACUGCUUAAUUCUUGGAAUCUGAUUAUGUAAUCCAGAUGAACAUGUAAUCAGUUACUACCCAGCACUGAUAAGGAAUCUGACCAUUGAUUGGCCAGGGAUUGCCCAAUCAUGUUCAUGGAGAAUUGUAUUGGGAGUUUUCAAAAAAAAAAAAAAAAAAAAAAGUGCAAAAAUAGAGAAGUGCAGUAAUUUUGCUACAGGUUGGAUAUAAUUUAAGGCACUAUGGAUUCACUUCUUUGGAAUCUGCAAACGUGACUGAGGCUGGCCAUCGUAAAACUCUGAAAGGUAAUCAAGUCACUGGCUUUUGGCAAUGAUAUAUAUGUGGACGUUGCCAUCUGAUACUUUAAGAAAAUCUCUGGUCCAACAGCACUGGGAUUUUUCACUGUUUGCAUCAUUCCGCUUGUCUGUGUUUACACAUCCUAGAUAGGCUAUCAGUCUGUGCAUUUGUAGUGGGUAUUUUUCAGUAAUCCUUUUGUUACACCAGUAGGUGGCGACAAGGCACUGUUGUUAUGAGCGAGUCAGUUGGUUUUGAACUCCUCUUGGAAAUUUUAUUGUAGGUAGAUGUCAUCCUUCAAUGAUGCUUUGGCUGGUUGGGGGUGAUAUGAAAUUGUGUUGUAUUAAGCAGCCCAAGAUAUGUGUAUGAUACAUACAACUUGAGUCUACAAAACACAACAAAAGACAACACAACAUGACAACAUGACAAAAAUUGUCAUUGUCUGAUCCAACUCCAAUGUGUUAAUCGUGUCUCAUAAUGAAGCAUAUUUGUCUAGAACAUCCCAUGUUUAACUUUUUUCCCCAUUCUUUUUCUUGAUGAGACUUCAUUCAAUUUGUUCUGUACCCAGAACUUUUUUUUUUUACGUCCACCUUUUCAAAAUUCUUGGUCUUGGUUCUGUUGACUCCUCUAGUCUUUUACCACACCAUAUUUUAUCUGCUAGCGUAUGUGUGCUGUAUUGCAGUAGAACCCCUCUAAUACUCAGUACUCAGGACCUGAACUCCUUUUCUUCCACCUUUUCAAAAUUCUUGGUCUUGGUUCUGUUGACUCCUCUAGUCUUUUACCAAACCAUAUUUUAUCUGCUAGCGUAUGUGUGCUAUAUUGCAGUAGAACCCCUCUAAUACUCCCCUCUAGACCUGCACUCCUUUUCUUCCACAUUGUGCAUGAUAAAAUAUCUUUAGCAUAUCUGUUAAAAAAAAAUGUAGUUGUGAAAGCAGGCCAAAAAAAUUUCCUUUUUUAAUUUUAUUUUUUCCCCCUUUUUAUGCAAUGCCUUUGAAAGGCUUACCUUAUUAAAAGUUAUUCACAGGACUAUUUUGGUUAAUACCUGGGAUUUUAAUUUCCAAAGUCCUCACUGUUUAUUUUUUGAUGUUUUUAUGCUAAUAAAAAUAGGUGAAUGUUUGAAUCAUAUCUUCAUACCUGAAUGUUCAGGAAAUUUAAAAGCAGUUGUUUGGGAGCUUAAAGGGUUAGUUCACCCAAAAAUUACUCACCCUCAUGUCGUUCCACACCCGUAAGACCUUCAUUCAUCUUCUGAACACAAACUAAGAUUUUUUUCAUGAAAUCCGAGAGGUAUAUGACUUGUCCAUAGACAGCGAUAUAAUCAACGCUUUCAAGGUCCAGAAAGGUACUAGAGACAUCGAUAAGUCAAGUUAUCUUCAUUUAUAUAGUGCUUUCCACAAUACAUAUUGUUUCAAAGCAGCUUCACAGUGACAAUAGGAAAAUUAUCGAGCUAAAGUUGGUUUUUGAUUGAAUCACUUCCGUUGUAAAAAUUGUUAAUUAUCACUUUAGGGGCCGCUUAAAUAACACCUUUCCUACUGAAAACCAAAUACCUUUAAUGCAUUCUUGCCAUUCAUUUACGUGUUUAGUCUAUAGGUUUGCGUGUUUGAGUGUGUAUGUGCGCAGAAGCUUGGUCUUUUUAAAAAAAAAAAAAAGUGAUAUUAUGUCUGGUCCACAUAAUACCGAAAAAUUAGUUGUGUCCACAGAUCUAUGCAAACUGGAAUAAUUUUGAUAACAUUUUAUCUAUACAUGGGGAAAGGAAAGGGAAGGAGGCCUUUGCAGAGGAUAAUUUAGUUUAAGUGUCAGGGCUGCGUUAUCGUCAUGUCUAGGCGCAGGUCCUUCAUCUCAUCUGGAUACGGCCUGGAUCUGGCAGGCUGCGGCAAACCUCGGGAUAAACAGAGAGAGACUAAUAUUAGCGUAGACGCCAUUCUUCUUAUGAUAGCGAGUACAUCAGGUGUUAUGGGAAGUGUUCCCGGUUCCAGCUGACCUAAUCUAUGCAGCCUAACAAUUUACAUGAUUUGAAUUAUAGAAGUAGAUAAAGUGUUAUGUGUAUGCAAGUUUAAACAGAUGUGUUUUUAGUCUAGAUUUAAACUGACAGAGUGUGUCUGCUUCCCGAACAGUGAUAGGAAGACUGUUCCAAAGUUUAGGUACUAAAUAGGAAAAGGAUCUGCCACCUGCAGUUGAUUUUGAUAUUCUAGGUAUUAUCAACUGGCCUGAAUUCUGAGAUCGCAAUAGACGUGAAGGACUAUAACACAUUAAGAGCUCGCUCAGGUACUGGGGAGUUAAACCAUUUAGUGCUUUGUAAGUAAGUAGCAAGAUUUUAAAAUCUAUACGAUGUUUAAUAGGGAGCCAAUGCAGUGUUGACAGAACAGAGCUAAUAUGGUCAUACUUCCUGGUUCUAGUAAGAACUCUAGCUGCUGCGUUUUGGACCAGCUGUAGUUUGUUUAACAGGCGAGCGACACAAACACCCAGUAGAGCGUUACAGUCAUCUAGCCUUGAGGUCAUGAACGCAUGAACUAACUGUUCCGCAUUUGUCAUUGAGAGCAUAUGUCGUAGUUUAGAUAUAUUUUUAAGAUGGAAGAACACGGUUUUACAGAUGCUAGAAACAUGGCUUUCAAAUGAAAGAUUGGUAUCAAAGAGCACACCCAGGUUCCUAGUUGACGACGAAGACUUAUCAGAGCAGCCAUCAAGUGUUAGAUAGUAUUCUAGGUUAUUACGUGAAGUUUUUGGUCCAAAAAUUAGAAUCUCUGUUUUUUUCUGAAUUUAGUAGUAAGAAAUUACUGGUCAUCCAAUUUUUUAUAUCAGCUAUGCAUUCCGUUAAUUUUGUGAAUUGGUAAGUUUCGUCAGGGCUCGAAGAAAUAUAGAGCUGAGUAUCAUCAGCAUAACAGUGAAAAUUAGUGUCAUGCUUCCUAAUGAUAUCUCCCAAGAGUAGCAUGUACAGAGUGAAAAGCAACGGUCCUAGUACUGAGCCUUGCAGUCAAUUAAGUAAGAUUUGAACCAUGCCAAUGCAAUUCCACUAAUGCCAACAUAAUUUUCAAGUUCAAAAGAAUAUUGUAGUCGAAAAGCAGCACUGAGAUACUAGUAACACUAAUAGAGAGAUACAACCAUGAUCUGAUAAGAGCAAAUCAUUUGUAACUCUAUCCUGACUGGAAAUCCUCACAGAUACCAUUUCUUUCCAAGAAGGAACGUAGUUGUGAUGAUACUGCCUUUUCUAGUAUUUUUUUACAGAAAAGGUAGAUUCGAGAUCAGCCUGUAAUUAACUAAUUCUCUAGGAUCAAGUUGUGGUUUUUUAACAAGAGGUUUAAUAAUAUCCAGCUUAAAAGUUUUUGGUUCUAGUGAUAAAGAUGAAUUAACAAUAUUAAGAAGAGGAUCUAUGGCCUCUGGAAGCAUCUCUUUCAAUAGCUUAGUCGGUAUAGGGUCUAACAUACAUGUUGUUGAUUUUGAUGAUUUAACAAUUCUUCCUGUCCUUAAGCAACGAAUGAAUGAAAUUUUUCCUCAGGGACACUACAGUGCACUGUCUGAUGCGAUACUGUAGUAGAUGGUUGCAUGGUUAUAAUUUUCUCUCUAAUAUUGUCAAUCUUGCAAGUAAAGAAGUUCAUAAAGUCAUUACUGCUGUGCUGUUUGGAGACAUCAGAAGUUGAAGAUCUAGUUCUUGUAAAUUUAGCCAUUGUAUCAAAUAAAUACCUAGGUUUGUGUUUAUUUUCUUCUAAAAGAUAUGAGAAAUAAGCAGAUCUAGCAGUUUUUAAGGCCUUUCUGUACUCAAUCAUUCUAUCUCUCCACGAAUUGCGAAAAACUUAUAGUUUUGUUUUCUUCCAGCUGCUCUCCAUUUUUCUGGCAGCUCUCUUAAGGGCCUGAUUGUGCUCGUUGUACCAUGGCGUUGGAUUAGUUUCGUUAAUCUUCUUUAAGCGCAGAGGAGCAACUGAGUCUAAUGUGCUGGAAAAGACAUAAUCAGUAGUUUCUGUUGCAACAUCGAGGUCUUCUAAGCUAUCUGGUAUUCUAAGGCAAUGAAACUGAUCAGGAAGAUUAUUUAUAAAGCAAUCUUUAGUGGUAGAAGUGAUGGUUCUACCAUAUUUGUGGCAGGGUGGCGUUUUUGCAGCCUUGGCUAAAUGUAGUAUACACAAGACUAAAUAAUGAUCUGCUGCAGAAUUUCAACGGCAUCAAUAUCGAUUCCAUGUGACAAUAUUAGAUCUAAAGCAUGAUUACGACAAUGAGUGGGUCCUGACACGUGUUGUCUAACUCCAAUAGAGUUUAGAAUGUCUAUAAAUGCCAUUCCCAAUGCAUCUUUUUCAUUAUCUACAUGGAUAUUAAAAUCACCAACAACAAGGACUUUAUCCGCAGCUAGUACUAGCUCCUAUAGAAAAUCAGCAAAUUAUUUGAUAAGUAUGGUGUCUAUGAUCGUAACCUUGAGGGCUAGACUCAUUUAAAGUAAUGUAAUCAUCUGGUUUUAGCCAGGUUUCUGUCAAACACAGCAAAUCUAGAUUAUUGUCUGUGAUAAUAUCAUUUACAAUAAGUGCUUUUGAAGAAAAGGAUCUAAUAUUCAGCAACCCAAGCUUUAUCAUUUGUUUAUCAGUAUUAUUUCUGUUUUUUAUUUCUUGAACAUCAAUAAAAUUUUUACCCUUAAAUGGGUUUGGAAGUUUUUUGUAUUCACUAAUUUGGGGUACAGAUACAGUGUCUCUAUGUGAUAAUAUCUAGGUGAAAGAGUUUCUAUGUGUUGGGAAUUAUCAGACUUCUGUGACGUGAGACAGCUACUGGCGAAGUCGAACAUCAUUUGUGCCAACAUGAAUAAUAAUCUUAGAGAAUUUACGAUUAGCAUUAGCCAGCACUUUUAAAUUUGCUUUGAUAUCAGGUGCUCUGGCUCCCGGCAAACAUGUGACUAUGGUGGCUGGUGUCUCUAUUUUCACGUUCCGUGUAAUAGAAUCGCCAAUAACUAGGACACUUUCAACAGGAUUCUCAGUGGGUAGGUCACUGAGUGGGGAGUUUGAUGUUCUAAUCGGAACGGAAGAGUGGUGUUUUUUCCCACGACUAGGCCGCCUCACAGUCACCCAGUUGCCCUGCUGAACGGGCUCUACAGCUGGAACCGAACAAUGUACAGAGUUUACUAAGCUAGUCACAUCCAACACAGUAUCUAAAGCCCUUGCAUUCUUACUAUCCUCAAUGAAAGUUUGGAUGCGUGUCUCUAAUUCUGAGAUUCUCUCUGUCAGCCUGACUAUCUCCCUGAAUUUAUCACGUGUAAAACUCAUCGCUGACAGAGAGAGCUAUACUAUGCAUGUGACAGGCAGUGCAAGUAACAACAAAAGGAGAGGAUGACAUGACUCACCAUGUUUGUAGAGUGAUCCGACUUACCACAGUUGUUUGAUGGACUUGAGUCGAAAAAGGAGCGUGCGAGAGAAAAGGACGGUACGUUCAUUGCUUCAUAAAAUUAAGGUUGAACCACUGCAGUCAUGUCGACUUUUUUAACAAUGUCUUUAAUACCUCUCUGGACCUUGAAAGUGUUGAUUAUAUUGCUGUCUAUGGACAAGUCAUAUACCUCUCGGAUUUCAUCAAAAAUAUCUUAAUUUGUGUUCCGAAGAUGAACGAAGGUCUUACGGGUGUGGAACAACAUGAGGGUGAGUAAUUAAUGACAGAAUUUUCAUUUCUGGGUGAACUAACCCUUUAAUGAAGUGGAGGCGAAGUUCUGCUGUUUCGCAAGGCAGGUGUCCAUGGCCAUAGCAAGAUAAAUAAUGUGCUUCCAUUUUUUUUUUUUUCUUUAAGCUUUUUGAAACUGAACCACCAGCAUUUGUAUUUAUUAAAAAGGGGAUAAAACACCACUUUAAGGUCACAAUGCAUAUUUGUUAGGUUUUUUUUUUUUUUUUUUUUUUUUUGCUUGCUUUGUUCAUAUAGCUUUCUGUUACAUAGAAAUAACACAUUGGAACAAUGCCUAUUACCUAAAUAUUUGGUUGAAAAUAAAGAUUAAAUAUUUAUUUUCCGCUUA